AUGCACAGAUGGGCUUUUGUGUCACAUUACCAUUUUACAGUGAAGUUCAAAUUUUCCCGUUUUAGACACAGCAGAACCAUACACCAAGGAAACCAAACUACUAUCUCCGAAUUCUUCCUCCUGGGACUUACAGUGGGGUCUGAACAGCAGCAGAUCAUCUUCAUGCUGUUUCUAUCCAUAUAUCUAGUCACCAUGGUAGAAAACUUACUUAUCAUCCUAGCUAUUAUCAGUGACACUCACCUCCACAGUCCCAUGUACUUCUUCAUUGCAAAUCUAUCCUUCAUUGACAUCUGCUUCACAACCACUACAGUCCCCAAAAUGUUGGCAGACAUUCAAAGCCAGAGUCCAACCAUCUCCUUUGCAGGAUGCCUUACGCAAAUGUAUUUUUUUAUGCUCCUGGUGGACCUGGACAAUUUCCUCUUGGCAGCCAUGGCAUAUGACCGGUAUGUUGCGAUCUGUCACCCAUUACAGUAUGCAGCAUUAUUGAAUCCCAAGCGCUGUGCCCUGUUGGUUGUGACUCCAUGGGUUAUUUCCAACCUGGUUUCAGUACUGCAUCUCAGUCUGCUGAUUCAUUUGACUUUUUGUGAUCAGAGAGCAAUUCCACACUUCUUCUGUGACCUGGAACCCAUUUUAAGGCUUGCUUGCUCAGACACCCAGAUCAACAACUUGUUUAUCCUAGGCAUCGGUGGAACAGUUAUCUUCAUCCCCUUCAUUUUCAUUCUUCUCUCCUACACCCUUAUUGGCAGCACUGUGCUCAGGGUUCCAUCAACUAAGAGAAAGUGGAAAACAUUCUCUACAUGUGGAUCCCAUCUCUCCACUGUGUCCCUCUUCUAUGGAUUCAUUGUCGGGGUCUAUUUUCUCCCCUCUUCUGCAUACUCAGCAGAAAGGGAAAAGGUAGCUGCUAUCAUGUAUACAAUUGUAACCCCCAUGAUGAAUCCUUUCAUCUAUAGUCUAAGGAACAAAGACAUGAAAAGAGCAUUAAGGAGAAUGUUGAGCCGAAAAAGCUUUUUCUGGAGUUGGUGA